GGCGAGCGAGCGAGGGAGCGAGCGUGCGGGAGCGGCGCUGCUCUUCUGGGCGUGGCUUUCCUUCCCGACGGGGCCGGGGUCCGAGGAGCCGGUGGGCCGGUGCUGGACAUGGCGGCCUCGGUCGUGGCAGAUGGCGCCGGGCGGCGGGGCUGCGAGCACUAUGAGAGAGGAUGUAUCCUGAAGGCACCUUGCUGUGAAAAACUUUAUACUUGCCGGUUGUGUCAUGAUAGCCAAGAGGAUCAUCAGCUAGAUCGCUUUAAAGUAAAGGAAGUGCAGUGCAUAAACUGUGAAAAAAUUCAACAUGCCCAACAGACUUGUGAAGAAUGCAGCACGUUAUUUGGAGAAUAUUACUGUAGUAUAUGCCACCUCUUUGACAAAGACAAGAAGCAGUAUCAUUGUGAAAAAUGUGGAAUUUGUAGGAUUGGUCCAAAGGAAGAUUUUUUCCACUGUUUGAAAUGUAACUUAUGCCUAGCUAUAAAUCUUCAAGGGAAGCACAAGUGUAUUGAAAAUGUCUCCCGACAGAAUUGCCCAAUAUGUUUGGAGGACAUUCAUACAUCCCGUGUUGUUGCUCAUGUCUUGCCAUGUGGGCAUCUUUUACAUAGAACAUGUUAUGAAGAAAUGUUGAAAGAAGGCUACAGAUGUCCGUUAUGUAUGCAUUCUGCUUUAGAUAUGUCUAGGUACUGGAGACAGCUCGACGAUGAAGUAGCACAGACUCCCAUGCCUUCAGAAUAUCAGAACAUGACUGUGGACAUUCUCUGCAAUGAUUGCAAUGGAAGAUCAACAGUUCAGUUUCAUAUAUUAGGCAUGAAGUGUAAUAUUUGUGAAUCCUACAAUACCGCUCAAACUGGAGGAUGUAGAAUUUCACUAGACCAGCAAUGACCAGCCUAUACUUACUGCACUGGAAAGCAGCAUUUUUGCUCUCUUUAUUACCCUGUUCUCAUAAUGUGUCAGAAUCUAUGCAUUAUAAUUGAUGUGGUUUUGUAAUAGUUUCACAGCAUAAAAUCAUAUUAUCAGAACUCUGUAGGAUUAUCAUCGCUCUGUCUUGAAUGAUAACCUCUGCACUUGUGUUUUGAUGGAAAAUUCCGUGUCAGUUAUUUGAAACCAAUGACAUUUUGUGCUGAAAUUCGUAUCUAUAGAUGUAUAUUAUACCUUUUUUUUUUGUUUUGGGGCCAUACCCAGUGGAUAAUAUUUAGGGCCUACUCCUGUACUCAAAGAUCACUCCUACUGGGAGUCCAGGGAACAUAGGGGUUACCAGGAGUAAACUUGUGUUGGCCGCAUGCAAGACAAGUACCUUACCCUUUGUACUAUCGCUAUAUUAUACUUUUUAUGGACCCUUGCUUUAAGUGACACUAUGUUCACAGAAUUCAUUUCUGGUUCUUCAUAGAACUACGUUUGAGUCUCUCUUUUUUGGGGUUUAUGGGACCAUGCCUGAUGGUGCUCAGUGCUUACUUCUGGCUCUGUGCUCAGGGAUCAUUCCUGGUGGGACAUGAGACAUGUGCCACAGAUUGAACCCAGGUUGGCCAUGUGUAAAGCAAGCACCUUACCCUCUAUACAAUUGCCCUGGCCCCAAAUUCUUAAUGUUCUUGAUUUGUGCUGUAAUGAAAAUAUGUUCUAUCCUUAAAGUCUACAUAUGCUUUAGGUUUUCUAAGACAGUCCUUUGGAUCCUAUAAAUGAAUUUUGAUCUAAUAACUGCUAAUAAAAUUAUAUUGCAAUAGUGUUUUAUAGAACUUCCCCUCCCCCCCAAGGUUACUUAGUUUGGCCCAUUAGGGACAAUAGAUUCGGUCUUGUGAGAAAAUUCCUUUUCCUCUUGAGGUUUUCUUUUUAUAAGAGUGGUUGGGAAAAAUGUAAAAUAAUAGAGCUUUAUAAGCCUUAAGUAAAACCAUCAGCACUGAAAAUAAUUUUAAGUUGCCUAAAAUUAUUUCUCCAAAGACUAAUUCAAGUCAGGUAUUUAAUGAGCUACUCUUUAAAUUCUAGGUGGUGUUGUUUUAGGGCCACACCUGGCAGUGUUUGUGGGUUACUUCUGGCUCUGGGCUUGCGUUUGUUACUGGCUGUGCUCAGGGAUCAACCCAGUCCCCCUGGAUGCAAUGCAUAUGCUUAGCGGUCAGUCCAGGGCCUCAUUCCUGAGCCACGUUCCUCGCCCCAGACCUUUAUUCUAUCUGCCUGCUAAUCUUCGUGCUCUGUUCCUUUCUUUCUCCCUGUGUCUGUUUCCCUGGCUUGGGCAUAGCAGUGCUGCUAAUCUUAGUUUGGGGAAGGAAGGUGAUGUGUUGCCAUUCAUACCAGGUACUAUAUAGAUAACGUAUAACUAGUUGUUAAAAAAAUCAUAAUUUCUGCUAUCUUGAGAAACUCAGUCAUACUCCUGCCCCUAGUUAGCCUAUCUUUAGUUUUAAUUUUUAUGAAUUUUAAUUCUUUAAUUUAUUUGUUUUUUGAGCACACCUGGCAGUGCUCAAAGGCUGCUUCUAAUUCUGCCUAGGAGUUGUUCCUGGUGGAGUCAGGGGACCCAUGUGGUACCAGAGGUCAGACUCAGAUGUCCAGUAUGUAAAACAUACUCUUGGACUGUUGAGCACACUCUGAUUUUAAUCAGAAUCAUUGCAUCUUUGAAUAGGAGACAGAAUAUAUGGUAAUAAAACUUUGUCUUUUGAGGGCUGUGUAUUGGUGCUAGUCAUUGUAAUGAUUCUUUGGGGUAGGUAUUGUCUUUGUUUUAUAAAUGAAGGCAUUAAGAUUCAGAGGUUUGAUAACAGGACCAAGUAAGUUAUUCCAGUCUCAGCCUGUUGAUUGUAUUGUUGUUGACCAGAGAUCUCUGGGCGUAUUCACUUGGGCCAUGGUGAGUGUACUUCCUGCCUUCUCCCCUUUCCAGAUCACUGUUAAAACUGGACUAGUUCUUGUGGUUUUAUUGUAAUGACAUGACGGUAUGCUCUUCAUAUUGUAAAAGUGAAAUAAACAUGGAAAGCUUUAAAAAAGUAAAGGAUCUGCAAAUUACAUAGCACACCCUGGGCCAUAACAGUGAAAUUAUAGCAUACACAAUGCCUGACAGUUCUGUUUUACUGGGGUUGGAGGUGUGAGUGGGCUAGGGAGUCCUAGGCUCCUUUGGUGAAUUCUAAACUUCAAGUAGAAUUUAAAGUUUCUGAAGAUGAAAAACAAGUGGUCCAAAUAGUUAUCAAAGAACAAAGGAUUCUCAUGAGGGGUGGUGACCGGCCUCUUUUAUUAUGACUGAUGUGUACUCAAGCCUUUGAAGUGGAUACCUCAGUACUCAAAAGCUUGAGUUCAGUGUUUGCAUUACAAACAAGGCAAAAUCUAACUUUCUGGGCUUAUAUACAGAAUGUGCGUAAAGGUUGUAGUUGCUGAUCCAAAUCUAAUCAAUAACUCCAAACUCUGGUGGAUCCUUACCUUAGUAGCCAAGUCAUCUGCUGUGGAGGAGCACAUGACUUGUUAGACCUUCCGUUUUUACAAUUGUAAAAUCUUUAAAAUUAGAUUAUAUGUUCAACUUCAAAUUUGUCCAAAAUAAUACAGAAUAUAUAAUAUAUAUUAAUUUGCUUAUAAUAAUUAUAUGCUGGAAAAGGUUUUUAGAAAAUUUGAAGUUUCUUCAGGAUUUCUACCCACGAUUUUCAAGGGUUUCUCUACAUGGCUGUCCAGUACUUAAAAUUGUUCAUCAGUUCUCAUCCACAAUAAGAAGUUUCUUCGUAUUCAGUAUGUGGCAGUUAAAAUGGGUAGAGUGAUCCCUCUUUGCCUGUGGUUCUGCUUUUUAUAGUUUCAGUUACUCACAACCAACCAAAGCCCGAAACUAUUAAAUGAAAAAAUUUCAGAAUUUUCGUGUGCCAUUUUGAGUAGUAAAAUAAAAUCUUUUGUAGCCUGUUCUAUUCCAUCCCAUAUCCAGUGAAUCAUCCCUCUAUCCAGUGAAUCCACUCUGUGUGUAGAAGGUUAUAUAUAUUGCAAUACCAUUGUUACUUUGUCUUCUCAUGCAAACAUUUCACCACAUUCCAGAAGGUUGAGUACAGUAGAAUAAGAUUUUGAGAGACUUCGUACAUAAAAAUUUAGUAGUUGAAUAGUUCAUUUUUAUUUUCCUUAUUGCUCAUCUUUUACUAAUUUAAAAUUAAACUUUUAUCAUAUGUGUACAUAGGAUAAAAUUGCUCAUAGGGUUUAGUUCUCAGGUACGCAUUAUCAAUUUAUUGCCCAUGAGCAGACACAGUGACAAUGGUACUAUUAUGUUUGUUUAACUUUUUCUGACUUCAGAAAUAACCUUUAUCAUUUCUGAAGAUAAUAGAUAUAAGAAAAGAAGAUAUAAAAACCAACCUCAUCUGCCAGUGAUCAUUGCUGUUUACAUUUUUGCAGAUAAUUUUAUCUUUCCUAUUAAGGGAUUUUUUCCCUGUAAGCUUAUAGGAAUGUGUUUAAUCUGGCCUUAGGUAUGGUAGAACUGUCUUUGAAUUGGGCACAACAUAAUUCCUCCCUAAAAGAGUCAGGUUACCCUGUGACAGAAUUUUAUCUAACCUAUACUCAUUAAAGGGCUGGGGCAAUAGAACAGUGGGUAGGACAUUUGCCUUGCACGAGGCCCACCUGAGUUCAAUUUCUCUGCCCCUCUGGGAGAGCCCGGCAAGCUACCGAGAGAAUCCCGCCCACAUGGCAGAGCCUGGUAAACUCCCCAUGGAGUAUUCGAUAUGCCAAAAACAGUAACAAGAAGUCUCACAAUGGAGAUGUUACUGGUGUCCACUUGAGCAAAUCGAUGAACAAUGGGAUGACAGUGCUACAGUGCUAUACUCGUUAAAAAAAAAAAAUCAGUUCAGGGCGGGAAAGAAUACAAAGGUAAGACAUUUGCUUUGCCUGUGGCUCUAGCCCCGACACUAUCCCUCAGCAUUGCUGAAAACCAAAAUAAUUAGUUCAGUAUGUUUAUAAAUUUCUUGGUGCAUGGAAGCUCUUUGACUCCUUUUAUUAUUAAAGAAGAGUGUAUACAGUUGUUUAUGUUUUUCUCUUAUAGUUUCUAUUGUCUUAAGUUUGUGGAGCUCUGUAUGAUACUAGUUUUCAAUUUUGAAGUGGUAUGUUUAUGAAUCAGAUUUUUAAAUGCUUGCUUCCUAAAAAAAUUUCAAAAAUUUAUAUUGUGUACAUGUUUAUUCUAUAAAACAUUUGUUAAUGAAGUAAAUGUGAUUACUAAGGAGAUAAAAUCCUGUUUUUAAGUGUCUGGCACUUGAUAAGCAUAAAUAAAUUAAUUUGAAAUGAUA